AUGUCGAAGGCCGUCUACAACCGUCUCAGUCCUCGUCCAAAGCUGAAAACAACGUCUGCAGUUCUUCGCAGUCCUGGUGGAGUCAUAAGGAGCGUGGGAGAAUUUAUCGCAACUACGCUGCAUAACAAUCGCAACUUUGCGUUCCGUGUUUUCGUCCUGGACGACGACACCGACUGUCUUCUCAGUCGCGACGCCGCAGUUCGUCUGGGACUGAUUUCUCGAGACAGAAUAGGCUCUGCCAACCUCGUGUUCGGCUAUGUGGGACCUAAACCUAUACGCUGCGAGCCAGUGAAAAUCAUCUUGAAAGAAGAUGCACAGCCAUACUCCGUGAACGUCGCACGUCGGAUUCCCAUUCCACUCAUGGACGAAGUCAAAGCUGAACUAGACCGUAUGGAGGCCGCAGGUGUCAUUGAGAAGAUCAGCGCUCCAACUGACUGGUGUGCACCCAUGGUCCCGGUCAGAAAAAGGUCUGGUAGUGUUAGAAUCUGCACAGAUCUGAAAAAGCUCAACCUAUCGGUGAAGCGUGAACGAUUCAUGCUGCCCACCAUAGACGACAUAUUGUACAAACUCAGUGGAUCAAACAAGUUCAGCAAGCUUGAUGCAACUUCAUCCUUUUGGCAGUUGGCACUGGACGACGACUCCUCGAAGCUGACCACUUUCAUUACCCCGUUCGGUCGGUACUUCUACAGACGUCUCUGUUUUGGAAUCACCUCUGCGCCUGAGAUAUUUCAGUGUACGAUGCAAGACAUUCUAGCGGGCAUAGACGGUGUAGAGUGCUUUAUGGACGACAUCCUCCUGCACACGGAUGGUCAGGAGAAACAUGAUAAGCUGAAGAAGAAAGUCUUCCAGCGGCUAAAGGAGCGUGGGGUCAGGUUGAACAAAUCCAAGUGCAAGUUUGACAAGGAUGAAAUCGAUUUUCUUGGCCACAUCAUCAGCGGGAAGGGUGUAAGGCCAGAUCCAUCCAAGGUCAGCGCCAUCACUGAGAUGCCAGAGCCAGAGAACAUUACAGACUUACGACGAGUGCUCGGCAUGGUGAACUAUUUGGGCAGGUUUGUGCCAAAUCUGUCAACAGUCAUGAAGCCGCUCACCGAUCUUCUGAAUCACGAUGCUGAGUGGGCCUGGACUCCAGCGCAGUCAUCUGCCUUCACUGAUGUCAAGAAGUUACUGUCGUCAGCUCCAACACUCGCCUUCUUUGAUAUGAGGAAGCCUGUCACUGUAAGCGCCGAUGCAAGCAGCUACGGACUGGGAGGAGUUCUCCUCCAGGAAGACCGGGGUGAUCUUCAGCCAGUGGCCUACUGUUCCAGAACUUUAUCUAGGGCGGAGAAGAACUACGCUCAGAUUGAAAAGGAACUGUUGGCGGCCACCUGGGCGUGCGAAAAGUUCGAUCGCUACCUCAUCGGUCUGCCGUCAUUCACACUGCUCACCGACCACAAGCCCAUUGUUCCCCUGAUCAACUCUAAAGAACUGAAUGAUGCACCUGUCCGCUGCCAACGAAUGCUGAUGAGGAUGAUGCGCUACAGCGGAAAGGCAGUAUACACCCAAGGGAAAAACAUGACUGUCGCAGACUCCUUGUCCCGAAGUCCAGUAGUGAGCACCGAGCCUGAAGAAUUUGGUGAAGAAAUCGAGGCUCAUGUCGCUACAAUCCAGAUGUCAUGGGAUGCCACGGAUAGCAAACUUGACGAAAUCAGAAACAAGUCUCAACAGGAUCCAGCGAUCAGUGCUGCGAUACAGUACACUAGAAGCGGUUGGCCGAAAUUCAUACAAAACGUCAAGUCCGAAGCUCGCGACCUCUACGCAGUUUCCAGUGAACUGAGCGAAGUCCAUGGACUACUCGUCAGAGGUAACCGCAUCGUAAUCCCCAAGGCAAUGCGAGGAGAGAUGCUCAGCAGGAUCCACGACGGUCACCUUGGAGUGUCGAAGUGUCGAGAACGGGCCACAUCUUCCAUUCGGUGGCCUGGUCUCAGCUCCAAGAUACGGGAAGUUGUCUCAAGAUGCGACCAUUGCCAGCGGAAACGUCCAGCACAACCAAGCGAACCUCUAACCCCGACAGCUCUACCUGAGCGGCCGUUCCAGAUGGUUGGUGCUGACCUCUGCAACUACAAGGGACAUAACUACCUGGUACUCGUGGACUACUUUUCACGGUACUUGGAGGUGGCCUACAUGCCAGACACCACCUCAGAGACUGUCGUGUACAAACUGAAAAACGUCUUCGCUCGGUUUGGCAUUCCAGAACUACUGGUGACUGACAACGGUCCUCAGUUUGUGUCAGACCGUUUCCACAAAGCAACGGUGGGUCGGAGAGAGCAGUCGGGGAAAGCGAAGAAAGCCCUGAGUCAGGACGACCCAUUUCUCGCACUCCUGAUCUACAGGUCUACACCGGUGUCACCGACGGGGGCGAGCCCAGCGGAACUUGCUCUUGGGCGACGCCUGAGGACGCCCCUGCCAACUCUACCGUCAAACCUGAACCAGCAGGUCUACGACAGGGCGAAGAUUGCAGCCAGAGACGCUGAGUCGAAGCGUAAGUACAAACAAGCUUUUGACAGACGGCACGGAGCCCAGAACCUCCCGGAGCUGAAUCCUGGUCAGCUCGUCCUGCAGAAGCUGGAGAACGACAAGGAGUGGCGUGGCCCUGCGGUUGUCAAAGAACGGUGUGCACCGAGGUCUUACAUCAUACAGUCUGGGGAUAGGGCUUACCGCCGGAACCGCAAACACCUGAAGCCCUACGUCGACCCUCCUUCCAUGCCUUCUUCACCUGUUGCCACCCCAGAGCCUACUCCAAUGUCCGUUCCCUUACCUCCGCCACCAGCUGUCCAGCCGGUGGAGCCUGAUGUCACACCACUAUCACCUCAGCCAGCAGCCGUUCCAGCCAGUCCAGCUCCAAUAACUACACGAAGUGGACGAGUGGUCAGGAGACCCGCUCGUUACCCGGACUGA